AUGAGUCACCCAGGCAACCUUACCUCACGUCCAAAUUCAACACCAAAUGAUCUCACGACGACUACAUCGAGUCUCUCUCGACCAACUAGUCUAGCUGGCUCCAGCGUGGCGGUCACUGGACCUUUACCUGCUAAUCAUGUAAGCCUUGAUGUUGCCCCUGGUCAGAACGGACAUUCUUCUCCAACGUCUAACGUGACCAUGAUGGUUGGAAAAUGCAUGUGUUGUAAUAGCAAUUUACGAUUUCCAGUUUCCGUCUCUUGUUUUCGAUGUACAGUCUGUCAAACCAUCAAUGAUCACAAGCCUACGCAACAAAAGGGCGAUCCAGCAACAUCGUUGACUCUGGAUCGACUUCGUUCAAUGAUAAGCACUUGUCGGAGCAGCGGAAACUAUGAGACAUUAGAACAAACCAUACAUAAAACUUAUUCCAAUUGGUAUUCUUUAAAUGAGAGUUUUAGCAAUGGUCGUGCCGUUACUCUGGAUGAUUGUGGCGUUGCUCUAGAGCAAGUGAGAGAUGCAUAUAGAAUAUUAUUGGAGCUGAAUCCUCUACUGUCCCAACACAAUUUCCCACAAGAGUCUCAAUACCACCACAACAUAGUAAAACGUAUAUUCGGUCUUUUAUCGAAUCUUAGCAAUGAACUUCAUCAUUACCUAGUAAACUGGUUUGCACGACAUCCAACGAAUAUAUUUCGGAGACGAGUAGAUUUAGUCAAUGCCUUUAUCUCCUUUCGGCUGUCAAAACAAAGAACACAGACGUCUAACACAGUCUUGUCGCCUGCGUACGAAACUGAUUGGAGAAUUAGCUCGGCUGCUAGAGUAUUCAAAAUUCCAUUGUCAGAAUUCUACAAUACUUUGGUGGAUUAUAUUGAAUUAAUAGCAGAUUUUAACACAUGGGAACAAAGAUCAAGCAAGUUUGCAUUUUGUCAGUAUCCUUUUUUAAUAAGCAUGGGUGGAAAGAUCAAUAUAAUGGAAUUCGAUGCGAAGCGGCAGAUGGAAACGAAAGCGAAGGAAGCAUUCUUUACCAUUCUUUUUCAAAAACGAGUUACGGCGCCACAUCUUAUUUUAAGAGUUCGUAGAGAUUUUCUAAUUGAAGACUCUUUGAACCAAAUUGCUGCCAAUGAAAUGGAAUUAAAGAAAUCAUUAAGAAUUGAGUUUGUCGGGGAAGAUGGAGUUGAUGCUGGUGGAUUGAGAAAAGAGUGGUUUUUAUUAUUAGUACGGGAAUUGUUUGAUCCACGCUAUGGGAUGUUCACAUGGGACGAAGAUUCAAAUCUUUGCUGGUUUAAUCCAGCUAGUUUCGAGACAAGCGAUCAAUACUACCUUGUAGGUGUUGUCAUAGGCUUGGCUAUAUAUAAUUCUACAAUAUUGGAUGUACAUUUCCCAUUGGCUUGUUAUAAAAAACUAUUUAAUUGCCCGGUUGGAUUAGAGGAUUUAAAAGUUUUUCGUCCUGCUUUUGCACGAGGAUUAGAUAAACUGCUCACAUUUGAUGGUGAUGUAGAAACAACGUUUUGUCGUGAUUUUAUUGGUGAAUAUGAAGCAUUUGGCGAGUUACAACGGAUCCCAUUGGUAUCCGGUGGCGAAAAUAAACCAGUGACAAAUGCUAAUCGGAAAGAUUACGUGGAUCGAUAUGUUAAUUUUAUUCUGAAUGAUUCUAUUUCAAAACAAUUUGAACCUUUCAAACGAGGGUUCAAUCAUGUUUGUGGUGGCAAUGCAUUGUCUCUUUUCCAACCAGAAGAGAUUGAAUUGCUAGUACGCGGCAGUGCGGAACCCUUGGAAAUAGAACAAUUGCGGGCCGUCACUGUGUACGAAGGUUUUCGUGAGGACGAAGAAAUUAUCAAAAAUUUCUGGUUCAUUUUCAAGUUAAUGGAUCCCAUAAUGCAACGAAAGUUGUUGACAUUCGUGACGGGAACUGAUCGAAUUCCAGCAACUGGAUUAGCGAAUCUAGCAUUAAAGAUAUCCUGUUUGGGAGAGGACAGUGAAAGAUUUCCUAUCGCUCAUACAUGUUUCAAUCAGUUGUGUCUUUAUCGAUACAGAUCUCGACAUAAAUUACAGUCAAAAUUACAGAGAGCUAUCGAAGAAAGUGAAGGUUUUGGAUUAAAGUAA